CACCCACUAAUUUUUUAUCUGGGACACACGGCCACUUUCUUUGUCAACAAGCUGGUUCUUGCCGGUAUUAUUCCACAGCGAAUUGACCCAAAAAUGGAGUCUACCUUUGCUGUUGGCGUUGAUGAAAUGAGUUGGGACGACCUAGACACAACGCAUUAUGAUUGGCCAACCGUCGAGGCGGUACACGUGUACCGCGACACGAUUCGCAACAUGGUUGACCAACUCAUUACCGACUUGCCACUGACGUUGCCUAUCACUUGGGGCAGCCCCUGGUGGACCAUCCUGAUGGGAA